GGGGGCACGUAAGCUCAAAAACUUUAAACGGUUAAGACAGGAGUGUUUAUACUGCGUGAUGCCAGGGUUGUAGGUCUUGUUGAACUAUAAAUACCUCUUGCAAUGCUUUAAGAAGUGUUAACAGCAGGUUCAAUGUAUUGUCUGCUGUUAGUCACAGUCGUUAGCAAAAAGCAACGACCGGACUAGCCGCUUACAUGAAUGAAUAAACCUACUGGGUUCACAUGGAGCUGGCUGGUGUUCGGGUUUAAUUUGAACUGCUGCUUUUGACUUAUUUGGUAGUCAAACUGCAGGUCCGUCUGCACCCGCGGUCACCUGUUACCUAAAAGUUAGCGGUGAGCUCGCGAGCUUAUUUAUUGUUAGCUUAGUGCUAGCAGGCUAAUGUGCAAUGGAAACGGGGGAGCCGCUAGAUCCGGGAUAUGUCGAGAAGGCCAAGGCAUUCUGGAACAAUGAGGAUGUGGAUCAGGUCUUCGAUGUGGUUUUCAAGUACCUGGAGCACCUGAAGGCAGUUCUGAAGAGGAGUGGAACCACAGACAAAGAGUAUGUCCAGGCCUUCAAGCUGCUAGAGCAUCUGGACUGCUCCUCCUCCUUGGCCUCCCUCCAGGACCAGGACAGCUCGGUGGUUCAGGUGGUCAUUGGCUCAGAAGAGCUGCUGCCAGCUGACAUCCUCCAACACAGCCCUUCAUCCUCUUGCUCCUCCUCUUCAUCCUUCUUGCCUCCUUUUAAUGGGUUAUCCAGUCCAACAGCGUCUCCUGCUGGCAGAGAGGAGCUGCUGCCUCCCCUCGUGCCUGUCCAGCUGCAGUACCACCUCCACACCUGCUCCAAGUCCUGCUUGCCCUGUUUGCCCAGCAUGACUCAGUCCAUGCCGCUAUUCUGGGGCCAGAACCCACUGAAGAUCCCGUUGCUCUGCGGCUUCAAGAGGCUGACCGCCAUGCCACUGAUUUCACCCGCCAAAGAGGGCGUGCUUUGGGACCACGGGGACCAGGAGCAGGAAGACGUAGGAAACUGGGACGUCAUCUACAAGGCACCAUGUGGGCUGAGCCUCCGUAACCAUGACAACGUAAUGCUUUUUUUGGAGGCUACAGAGAGUUAUGACAUCCUGCAGGUUGACUUCUUCACCUUUAACCCCUCCGUGCGGUUGGACCCUCCUUCGCCAGGGGGCCUUCGGCAGCCUGAACAGGAUCUGAGCCGAGGGGCGGAGCCAAUACCAGUGGAGCUGUGCGUCGGGGACGGUGGCUCCCGGCCUGCUGAAUUCCGCUACAGGAAGGACCGAUGGCCACAUGGCUGCUUCCUGAGCCGCGGCCCAAAGCUGUUCAAGGCCUGCUGUGACUGCACAGAUGGCUGCAGUGAUGCAAAGCGCUGCGCCUGCGUGGCCUUGACUUCUGGAGAGCGCCACUAUCGCCAUCACAGGCUGUUACAGGCCAACCCAUCAGGGCUCUUUGAGUGUGGCCCGUGGUGCGGCUGUGACCGAUCUCGCUGCCAGAACCGUCUCGUCCAGAGAGGCAUCAGAGUCCGACUCCAGGUCUUCCAGACUGAGAACCGUGGCUGGGGGGUGCGAUGCCGUGACGACCUGGACCGUGGGACCUUUGUGUGCAUUUACGCAGGUGUGGUGCUGCAGAGGGUCCCGAAUCCCACCGAACCACCGCCGCCAAAGUUGACAAGGUCCGACCUGCCGUCUGACGAUGAGGUGGAGGUCGUCACGGAGUGGCUGGCCCCACCUGUGCUGGAGGGCCGACGCAAUGUGCUGGAAACGCCCCCGCCUACGUCUCCGCCUACUUCACCUCUUUUGCAUGUCCCUGUGAUUCAGAGACCCUCCGACAGCGGCUCCAGCACCACAGACCAAGAAGAGAUUCAGGCGGUGCUGGUUGGAGGUCUGCAGCCCACAUCUCCUUCAUCAGGUGAUCAAGAGCAAGACGAGAAGGUGGCAUCAAUGUCGGAGAGCGCUGGUGUGAAUGGUACAAAGGCGAGCAUGAGCUUAAAGAGAGCAGCGAAGGUGGACGAAGUUUGUUUUGUGGACGCAAGCAAGGAGGGAAACGUGAGCCGCUUCAUCAACGUGAGUCCAGCUGAUCGGGAACAUUUAGCCAUCGAUCAACCGAUCAGGACACACAUUAUUUACUCUUCUCAUUUAAUUGAUAUUAUUUAUAAUCAGGGUUUCAUGUUACUUAUUGUUAUACAUUUCAUCGAUUCCCACGACCCCGCCUUCCCCGUCGUUGCCUUCUUCACCAGCAGGGCCGUAGUGGCUGGCACUGAGCUCACCUGGGACUACUCUGCCAACGUCCAGAUCGAUUCACUGCAAAAACAGGAAGUGUCUUGUCUCUGCGAAAGCGACAAUUGCCAUGGGAGAUUCACCAUCGAGGAGAACCUAUGUGACGUUUGUGAGGUCAAAGGUCACAUAGCGAUGGAAGCCGAGUGAUCCUCCAUACAGUUUGUUAGUAACAGUUUUGGUAUUUAGAGUUUUUUUCCUAAAAAGCAAUAAAAGUUCAGCUAUUUUAUUCUGAAAGUUUUUCAAGUCUUUAUUAUUGUGAAGGCUUUAAUUUUGAGAACACUUUUUCUGUGUUUGAGCUUUUAUUUUUGUAUCUCUACUUUGGUCAUUUUAUUUUGACACUGCCAUGGAUUUAAUGUUCAAACAGCCAGUACAACUUUUAUCUUGAAACUGGUGCCCAAAGUGUCAAAGUUCUGGGUUCAUUUUAAGCAAUAAUAAACGUUGCUUUGAAAACCUUAAA